CAACAAAAGGCAACCACCACCGCGCCAGCGAGAGCGAAACCGCGGCGGAGGCAGCCAUGGCGAACAAGGCGCCGGCGACGACCUCGUGGCGGUGGCGGCUGCUGCUGCUGCUGCUCCUCGCGGUGGCCGCCCUGUGCUGGAUCCCUCCGGCGAUCGCGAUGGCCGCCGCGGCCGCCGCCGCCACGACGUCCUCCGGGGGGCGGAGGUCGCUGCUCGGGUUCGUGGAGGCGCAGGGGAACUCCUCCUACCGGUGCUCCCCAUCCGGGCCCUGCGUCCCCUGCCAAUACUCCGAGAAGAGCGAUGAGAAGUACUGUUGCAGUGAAACCGGCUACCGCUUGCCAUUGAAAUGUGUAGAAGUACAAAAUGUUACCAAAGAAGGAAAUAAUACUAAGCAACGGAAGGUGCUGGACGAUGCAUCCACGUCAGGUGGUUCAAAGCAUUACACAACUUACAGGAGUUGUGUACCAUUGGAGGAUGAAGAGAAGUUAUCUGUUCUUGGUUUUGAGGUUAUGAUGGCUGGAAUGCUGCUAAUAAGUGGCCCAUUUGUAUACUAUCGGAAAAGACGAACAGCUAUAAUGCAGGGGGCUUCAAGGAUCCCAACAAGCCCUCCUAGGUUUUAAGUAUGCAAUGAUGAAUCGGCUGCUCAAGCUGAUUUGGUGUACCAUUUUGAUGAUUUUUCCCCCCUAUCAAUGUACUGUAUUUACACGUGCUAUUGUUGAAGAAGUCAAAGUGUUGGGUAGUUCUUACAGGAUUAGAAAAGCACAGUUGCUAGUCUCAUUGUGCUUUGUUUUCUUGAAUCAAAUCUUUGUAAUGUUUAUAUGUAACAAAUUACUUUCGAUUUUGUUACCCCAAUGAAGUUGCCCUGACAAAGGAGACUCUGUUGUUGGCAAUCAA